UUCCGACUCGUGUUGUUGUUGCCUUGGGGCGUGUAAAUCUCCUUCAAGCCCCCCUACGUUCACUUUUUGUUGUCUUGCUGCUCAUUCACGCCACUGCCAACCUACACUCCUUCCCCGUCCCAUCUCAGUCCCGCUUCACCGAGAGCUCGCCGCUAUGGUCUAUAUCACGUCCGACCUCUUUGGUCCUGCGCCCACACACAGCCGCGUGGAGUCCACCCCACUUACCCACUGGAACAUCAUGGUCGACUCGCAACAUACGUCAGGGCUCGGCAAGCGAAGGAGGCAGGACAGAGACGAGAGUCCCAGCACCAACUACCAACGACUCUCGCCUUCAAACCGACCCUCCCACCGCAACGCCCCAUCCUGCGAGACCAACACCACCCGCCCCUACCCCUCCUUCGCCGUAACACCACCCUACACCACCUCCGACAGACGCCCCAUCAAACAAAUCAAGCGUCUCAGCCCCAAACUCGCCCUCGUAAAAUCAACCUCGCACCUCAUGGACCUCGAACCCGACGUCCCGACUCCCCACGCGCACCCCGUCUCCGACCUCCGCCCAUGCCACGCCUGCAGUUCCGCGCCGAAGCGCAAACGCGAUCUCGACGGCUUCAUGGACUGCAAACGCUGCGACAACCGGACGUGCUACAUCUGUGCGCGGCAGUGUUUCGGCGGCUGCGGGAAAGCGGUGUGCAAGAAAUGCAUAGUCGAGGUUGGGAUAGAGGGGGACCCGUGGUGUUUGGACUGCUACUCGAGGGAUAUCAAUAAGUGAAGGGGGGUGGAGGGGUGAUCUGGUACUGUUCGUUUUUUUGCACUUGAGCACUGGUGUUUCGGGAACAUUUAGCAGGAUACCUUUUAUGGACGCAAUCUUUUUUCGGCAUUUCUUGGGGGUAUAAGGUGGGGGAUGUAUAAUAUUUGGGCAUUUUGGGAGGAUUUGGG